AAGAGGCGCUCUAUCUUUGGAGAAGACGAAGUGCUUCCAAACUUUUGCGCACCGAGUCAAGAAGAGGCGCAGACAAGCACCUAGAGUCUGCGGGUUUGUGGAGAAAAACAACAACAACAACAACAGCAUCCAGGAUGAACAACGUAACGAACCGGUCUGCAGAUCUGAGCUGCAGCCGUGAACCUCCUGUCGCCAUCGAAAUCAUCAGGCAUUUGAAUGUUUUUGACAUCAUCUUGUAUUCCAUUCUCACCUUCAUGGCGGCCAUCUCCAUUCUGGUUUUUAUAGAGGAAUGUGUCUACAUCUACAGAAAAGUGCCCGCCCAUAAGAAGAGCUUGAUCAUAUGGGUGAAUGGGGCAGCUCCGGUGAUUAGCUCCAUGUCGUGUUUGGGAAUGUGGAUCCCUAGAGCCGUCAUAUUUACCGAUAUGACUUCUGCUUGCUACUUUGCCGUUGUGGUGUUUAAGUUCCUGAUCAUGAUGCUGGAGGAGGUCGGUGGCGAUGAGGCCUUCCUGAUGCGAGCGGGCAAACACAAACUGAGGAUCAGCACGGGGCCUUGUUGCUGCUGCUGCCCCUGUCUCCCACAUGUGGCCAUCACACGGCGCACUCUCUUCCUGCUCAAACUUGGCUCCUUCCAGUUUGCCCUCCUGAAGAUUGUCUUCACCAUCCUCUCCAUUGUCCUCUGGUAUAACAAGAACUUUGACGUGGCUGAUACGAGCAUCACUGGGGCAUCAAUUUGGAUCGGUCCGUUUGUGGGCAUCUUGACCAUCAUUGCCCUGUGGCCCGUUGCUAUCGUUUUCAUUCACUUAAGGACCACUUUGCAAACGCGUAAGAUCGUUCCCAAGUACGCCCUGUAUCAGCUGGUGCUGAUCCUGAGUCAGCUGCAGUCAGCAAUCAUCAACACCUUGGCCAUGAGCGGAACCAUCUCCUGCUCUCCGCCUUUCUCAUCUCAGUACAGAGGAUACAUGCUGAGUCAGCAGCUGCUGAUCCUGGAGAUGUUUAUCAUCACCUUGGUUACACGGAUGCUGUAUCGAAGGCAGUAUGACCCUUUACCCAUAGAAGAAGAAGUGCCCGAUGACAAUGAAAACACCAAGAUGGUAGCAAUACCAAGUUCUGCAUGAGUGUGUGUGUGUGUGUGUGUGUGUGUGUGUGUGUGUGUGUGUGUGUGUGUGUGUGUGACAGGCAAAUAAUUUCCACAUAUCAUUCUUGUUUUUGGAACAAAAACUUUUCCUUCAAGUAUUUGAAUAAAAUACUUUAUGAAAUGACUAAAAUAUACAAAUUCUAUGUAAAUGAGCUUUGUGGUUGUACACAUGAACAGUUUGACUGAUGAGGCACUCAGGUCACUUUUUAAAAAAAAUGUUGUAGCAGAAAACUGUAGAUUAAAUCCCAUACCCAAAACAAAUCAUCAGAAUUAAGAUUAUCUUGUGAAAAGUGUGAAUAAAAUCUUGACCAAAGAAGCUAAUUGUGCUAAUUUAACUCCCUGGUGUAGCACUUGUAGAGGUUUGCUACAGAAUACAUCCUCUAGCAACUCAGACAUUUUUUUAUGUUUGAUUUAAAAGUUAAAUUUUGGGUAUAGGAAGCAGUUAGGUUUUUAAGGCAGUUAAAACACCAAUCAUAACACCUCCACUUCCGUGCUUGUGAAGGUUUCUUCUCCAGGUGACAUUGGGAAUCUCUUCCAAAUGUUUUGGCUGCUUGUUCACAGCACAAUAUUUUAAAAGGGCUGUCUUGUUUUUGUUUUGUGAAAAUGUUCAACGACUGAUUGGGUUUUUACUUUAUCAUCUGGCUUUCUGACACGUACCUCUGCCUCCUGCCUAAAGUCAACUGGGAUUAUUUCCAAUGUCUUUCAUCUGUGUGACAGUGAUGGAUGUUUUUUUAAAUUAAUUUUACAAUAAUUAAAUGCUUAACGGUUGUACUUUAAACCAGUUCGAAAUACAAAUCUGUAUAUAUAUUUGUGUGAAUGUGCAAUUAUUUACAUUUUUUAAAUCAAAAGGGGCCUUAUAUACUUUAGCACAAAUCUUUUUCAGAUUGCAUCAUUUUCUAUAGGUAACACACACCCAGAAAUAUAACAUAGGAGACAUUUAUACAGAAACUACAAAAUAAGUCCAGAGCAGAUGUUUACUUUUGAGUGUGCAUUUCUUUCCAUGAGUCCUUAUCAAAUAAACAAACAUGAAAAUGGCCUCAGGAAUACAAUGAAAUAUCCUGCUAAAUAAUUGAUAUUCCACAAUCAAAUCUAAAUAAAACGAUCACAGCAAAUAUUUAGAACAGACUCAUUUAACAUUUUAUUUUUUGAAAUACUAAACACUAGCAAGUGUGUCAUUUUUUUUUUUGCUUUUCAGCUGUUCUAAAAUAUUAUUCAUAUAUUGUGAAUUCUAUGCAGUUCAAUGUCCUCAGGGUUUCCUGUCAGUCUUAGUGAUGGUUGGUAAAAAUACAUGAGUGUUUAAAAAUGUUUUUACUGUAAAUGUAACAUUUGAGUUUAGAAUUAAAGUCUUCUACCCUGUGA